CUUAACACCCUUUCCUCGUCCUCUCCCUGCUCGAGAGGCAGGCAGUCCUGCCUCUUGGCAGCUCUCUCUUCUCCCCCAAAUCAACUACUCGCUGAGCUUCGGGGAGGCGCCAGUCCUCCCAGAUCCGGAGGCUCUUGCUCCCCAUAACCCACUCCCAAGGCUGCGGAGGCCGCCGGCCCGGAGAGCCCCGGAGUCAUUGUGCCGAGGGAGACGAUCGCAGCUGUCAGGGCACAGCCCGCCGUGUCGCGGGCGGACAGGGACGAGGACCAGCAGUCCCGGGCGGCGGCAGCUCCCGUCCGUCCUUCCGUGGUCGCCCUUCGGGCCCUGCAACGUGCGGAGCAGGGGCUGCCUCCGGAGCCAGGAGCCCAGGCGGGCGCCAUGCUAAAAACCAAAAUGGCUGCCCCAGGGAAAGAAGCCCAGCUCAGGCCGUGAGGGGCUGCGCCUUCGCCUGCUCCGCCACUUCGCUCGCCGGACGUCUCCCAGAAAUACUCUCCUUUAUUCCUGCACCCCACGUUCAGAUCUCCUGCUGAGAUCAACAAAACCAGAAAUGAUAAAAUUUUUUCUUAUGGUAAACAAACAAGGUCAAACAAGACUUUCUAGGUAUUAUGAGCAUGUAGAAAUUAAGAAACGGACAAUGCUGGAAGCUGAAGUAAUCAAAAACUGUCUCUCCCGUUCAAAGGAUCAGUGCUCUUUCAUUGAGUAUAAGGACUUCAAGCUGGUAUACCGACAGUAUGCAGCCCUUUUUGUAGUUGUUGGAAUUGACCACACAGAGAAUGAGAUGGCAGUAUAUGAACUAAUUCAUAAUUUUGUGGAAGUUCUGGACAAAUAUUUCAGCAGAGUGAGUGAAUUAGAUAUCAUGUUCAAUUUGGACAGAGUGCACAUCAUUUUGGAUGAAAUGGUGCUAAAUGGUUGCAUUGUGGAAACAAACAGGAACAGAAUUCUGGCCCCUCUGCUGGUGCUUGACAGAGUAGCAGAAAGCUAGGAAGAUGCAAGACUGACUAAAGCAUUCUGCUAAGGACGAUGAAGCCACCAAGAGCUGACAACAGCGGUCUGAUGCCAUUAAGACUGACUCAUGCAAUAUUCAAAUUAGUUGGAAAAUAUUUCCUGUUUCUCAUAUGCCCAGUGUACCUAAUGGAAAGACACAUCUAUACAUGAAGUGGAACCUUCCAUUUCAGAUGCAGCUUUCUUGAUGCAGCAGAAGUCUUCCUGCAACAGUCAACACUUUUUCAAACUGAGAAUAAAGUAGUGGCAACUUACAUGUGACUGUCCAAGUGUCACUGAAUUACACAGCACUGUGCCAGGCCUAAGACAAGACAGAAAAUAUGAAAAUAUAAAUUCAAGGUUUCAACACUUCCUUUAAGCACCAAUUUCAUUUAUUUUUAUACAAAUGUCCUGUAAAUUAUGGUUUCAUAACUUUUAGGACCACUUUUUUGAAUUAGAUUAAUCCAUCAAAAAGCUAGUUUCAGUCCGAUUUCCAUGUAAGUCAUGGUUACAAAAGGAAUGUAAAUACAGAAGUCUGUGUGCAUUUAGUAUUCCUGUGUAAGUUGUAACUGAAAGUAUUCGGCAAUUAAAUAUGGGAACAUUAAUAAAAGGUAAUUAUAAUCAAAAGUUCAAA